GCAGCAAAGGAGGCUGGAAGCCAAUUGAGCGGAUAUGCAGACAAGUUGAGGGAGAUGGCCGGACCCAUGGGAAAGAAGGUGCAGGGCAUGCUCGGUGGCUACGCCGACCCUCUCAUCUACAACGCUCGCUUCGUCGGUGCGGUGCUCAAGCAAGUCUACAUUGCCGAGUCCCUCGCACCCCCCAAAUCCCUCAAUGCCCUCACCUCUUCCUACAAGACCCUCUACUCGCGCGUCAUUGAUGCAAACUAUUUCCCUUCGCUCAUCAAGAGUGGAGAGUGGAAGAAGGUGGGAGUGUAUGCAGUUGAGGCUUAUGGAAUCUUCACAAUUGGCGAGAUGCUCGGUCGACGAUCUCUGGUUGGCUACAAGCUGGAGAAGCACGGAAACGCUCACCACUAA